UCCGCUCCGCAUUCACGCGAAGAACGUCAUUGCGUGCGUAUCCGCCUGGCGACGAAAUCUCGCUGCGCUACCAUACGCUUAUUCUUCGGCUCGGAAUUGAAUCGUCACCCAAUACGUGUUUCGCGCCACCUAUUCAAAAAAUCGAUACCUCGCGUGUUCGUGCGUGCGAAAUAUCAAUCGGCCCACGAGAUUGGCGGUGGCUCCGCAAACUCGUAGGUGCGCGGGUGUUGGCUAUCUAUCGAUCUCCUGGUUUGUCCCGCUUUCUUAAACCGUUCAUUGGCGUCUACAUUGCCGCUGCCGCCGGUGCAUCGUAACGUACGGUUCUGUUUGCUCGUGGUCGGUAUAGUGUUUGUGCCUUACUGUAUAACAUACGUGAAUUGGUGAACGUUCAUGUUGAUAUUUCUUGAUCAAUAAUAACUACAAGUCCCGCGAGAUUGUCAAAGGACGCUGAAUUGCGGCUACAUCAUGCUGGCGUUUUAAUUUCUUUCGUUCUUCAUGGGCGAGCACCAUGUUCUUCUGACCGACGACACUACCAGGAGAUCUAAGGAAAACGAGAUAUUAUGGAGUUUUACGAUGUGGGAACGGGAGAUCUCAAGGAAUUGUGGGAGUCCUACCUCGCCGAACCGCAGGUACUUGGUCAGGAUAUGCUGUUAAGUACCAAAGACGAUGAGUGGGGUAAUCCUCUGUGCUUGAGGGAUAGCGUGGUUCUUAGGGAUCGUCUGAUGACGGACGCGGCUAUCGGUGGACCGCGACCGAUAAAAUCCGAGCACAGUUACAGCCUGUUGGCCUGCAGCCCCCCGCCAAGCCCGGCAACGCCCGGAGCGAAUCCUCACACGCCAAAUUCAGGCUCGUCCUCCGACGCGGUUGACUCCACCACAGCGAAUACCAGUUCCUCCAUCGAUUUCGCCAAUCUGGACCACAAGUCUCUCGACAUCCGCAGUCGAAUCGAUGAUAUCGAAUAUUUUCCGGCUAUUUCGAUAAGCAACGCCUCGUCGAGCCGUGUCGAGCCAUGUCAGUCUUCGUCGCUUACAUCGUCCUCCACUUCGACCGUAUUCCUUAAAAGGGACAAACUGGUACCUGAAGAUAACGAGUGUCUCAAAAUCAAGGACGAGCCUAUUAGCGCGCCAACCAGCCCCUGCGCGUCUUGUCAACCGAUUUGCGACGAUAAGAGCACGAUAACAAUGUUGUCACCGCAGAGCCUUCAUUUCACCACCAAAACGCAACUCUCGCCCAUGAGUGACAGCGAGGAAGAGGAUGAGGAGUAUUGUCAGAACAUGGAAAUUGACGAAUACGUGGUUUGCGAGAGGAAGGAGACGAUUUUGCGCGCUUCGAGACAAGGAUUGCCGCCGACACCACCCAGCAGCGCGAGCUCCGACAGCGAGGGCACCGCUUCCGCCUCUUGCUCGCCGGAACGUCGAGAUUCUCAGACUUCCACGCAGAAUCUCAGGGGCUUGCUGGCGCCAAGGCUUUACGUCACCAACACCACCCACACCACCAGACAGCCCAUCCACACGCCCUUGAUUUCCUGUCAACCGAAAGGAUCGACAGGAGUGUUAACAUUGACAGAAGAAGAAAAAAGGACUUUGAUAGCCGAAGGCUACCCCGUGCCUACGAAACUCCCUCUGACAAAACAGGAGGAAAAAUCACUGAAGAAAGUACGAAGAAAAAUCAAGAACAAGAUAUCGGCACAGGAAUCACGAAGAAAAAAGAAGGAAUAUAUGGACGGCCUGGAAAGGCGAGUCACUACGCUGACGAACGAAAACGCCGUAUACAGAGACAAGCUUAAUUCCCUGGAGGACACGAAUCGCGAGUUGCUAAAGGAGUUGCAACGUCUCCAGGCUUUACUACAACUACAACAGUCUUAAAUUUCGUCGUUUUUAAAUAAAAAAACGAUUUUAUGAGAAUUAGUUCUUAGAGACUUAUUAGUUCUCAUAAUAGUUUUUUUGAAGAAGAAGAACUUGUAAUUUGCGUCAUUAUCAUCUACAUUUUGAUUGUAAUGUCAUAAAAUCUCAAAGGAGACUUUAGACUCGCUGAGUCGUUUACACAGACACUAUAAAAAUCGUAUUUCUUUCUGUCGAGUUGUUCUUCCAGAAAUGUGCGAACUUUUGUUUUUAUAAUUUUUUCGCGAGAUAAGAAGGAUUUUGAGAAUGAAUCGCAUAGGGAUAGAGAUAACGUGUUCUUAUUGCUAAGUCACAGAUCAGAAUUAAAAGAAAGAUAUAUAUUUUGUAGGGACUAGUGCAAUUUCUUUACAUUCCUAGAACGUCUUCCUUGUAUACAAGCGAUGAAGCUUCUGACACAGUGACGACUGAAAAAAUUGAUUCUUGAUAAGAACGUGCCGCAAAUCGCUUGAAAAGUGUAAACAGAAUUGUUUUUCUGGCAACAAUCGAGAGAGUUUUAACACCAGAGAGCUGUAACACCACACUGGCUGUAGUACUACACGUGUGUGCAUAUCUGUCAAUAUAUAUUUUGCUAAACAGUGCCUUUUCUCACAAAUUUAUUUUCGUAUUUCUCCAGAAUGUUGCGAAUCAAGAGACAAGAUAGAGAUAAUUUAUAUUUUUCGUGAUUUUACAACGUUCUAAUUUUACAGACAAGCACGGAACCAAUGUUUGUGCGCGGGCAAGAGAGAUUGUUCGCCUCGAAGAUGAAACGUACUAACGUUUUUUAAAUCAUUUUCGAGAAAGAGAGACUCGAAGAAGUUCGCUUCUUCGAGAAGUCCACAAUAGGGUUUAGGUACAACAAGUAUAUAUUAUAGUUUGCUUUAACGGAGGUUUGUCGAAUGGAUUUGAAUUAAAUUUCAAUUCGCAAACGCGCAUAUAUAUAUAUAUGUAUAUAUAUAUAUGAAAUAUAAUAUAUGACAUUUAUAGAUAUAAGAGGAGAAGGAUAGUGAAAGCACACCAUUAUUAUUAUUAUUAUUAUUAUUAUUAUUAUUAUCAUUGUUGUUAUAAUUACCUACGCAGAAAUGUGAAAGUAGACUCGCAAAGUAGUUGCACGCAUGUUUUUUCGACGAGAAGAUAUUUAGUUGUACGUUAUAGAAUUGUGUCACUCACAUACACACACAUAUAUACAUACGCAGAUAGAUCGAUUCAGAGAAAUUACCUAUGUCAAGUUGACGCACGUUAUUUUUUCAGAAUAUUACCGUUAGGCGGACGUAGUUGGAUCAUAAUCGACUCAGUUACCGCUCAUGCGCGGUGACGAUGAUCUAUUUUGCGUUUAUAUACGAUAUAGAUACGAUUUUAAAACAUAUAAGUUUUUGUUUAUAGAGGAAAUGCGUUUUUCGCUCAUCUUCACAAUGAACCUAUUUGCAACAAUUUGUGUUGCACUCGCAUAGUCGACAGAAAAAUCUGUCAAGCUAAUAACGACCGGAUUUUUGUCGUAGUUAGAAUUACGAUCGUGUACAACAUCAGUCUCGUGAUCAUUCACAUCCAUGAAGCUGUAUUAUUUAUGUUUUAAGAAAUUUUUCGCGUUCACAAGCUCUAAUUAAUUAAUAUUAUAGUGUCGUAGAAAGUACGUCCGAUUUAUCAUUGAUGUCAUACACACACACACACAAUCAACUUGAAACUUUAAAUUGUUUCUUAGUUUUUGUGUUUUGCAAUUAUAUAUGUAGAGUAAGUUUAAACUCAUUGAACGCGCGCGCGUAUAUAUAUAUAUAAUAUAUUAUCGAGAUCCAGAAUGCGGAUUUCGCGAUUACUUAUCGCAUGAAAGUCAUGGAAAGGGACCAACGCGCAAGAUAAGAAGGCUUUUAUCUUCUUCUCCUAUUUUUUUCCCUUUCACUUCACGUAAUUGCCAAAUAAAUAGAUAGAAUUUAAUCUCGUGAUGAGUGUGUCCGGAAGGUGCUUGUAUUAACAAUAAUGUUCAUACCUCGCAUGGGUCUCUAUACAAAACGAAUCGCGUGAUAACUUCGCAGCCGAUGUGUGAUUUUUUGUCGUACAUAAUCAUCUCGUCAGUGCGAAAUGCACAAAGAUUGGCCUCUUAAAGCGUUCUCACCUAUUUGUACUUUCGAGAGAUCCAGAAUAUGUGAUAAAACUAUGAAUUAUUUCCAUUACCGUAGAUGCAGGCAUGAGAAACACUCCUGCCAGAAUUUUCAACAUCGACUUCGAACUCAUCAAAGAUAGCGAUCUGUAUUUUGCUAAUUUCCGUCUUUUACAUUUCAUGCCGUAGACAUAUGCGCGCGUACGAUAUUUUUAUAACAAUUUUUACAACAUGGGAGAAUUUAGUUUUUUUUUUUUUUUU